AUGGACGAGCCUAUGGUUGACGUGCAGGACGUUGCGCAAGAGACUCCCGCCGACGAUGUCUUCCGCGCACCUUCGAUCAACACCGAGCAAAUCCUGAAGGGCGCUUCCUACGCUCACUACUCUCCCAUUCCAGAGGUCAUCGCCAAUGACAUGACCACUGAGUGUGUGCUCGGUGUUGAUGAAGCCGGAAGAGGGCCUGUUCUCGGCCCCAUGGUAUACGCGCUGCUCUACCUGCCGCUCUCGGAGCACCGCUCCCUGCUAGCCGAGACGCACCACUUCGACGACUCCAAGGUGCUGCAGCCGGCGGUGCGCUCGUCGCUGAUGGAGACGCUGUGCACGGCCGACACGGACCUGUACCAGCGCUGCGGCUGGGCGACCAAGGUCAUGUCGGCGCGCGACAUCUCGGCCGGCAUGCUCAAGGCCGGCGGCACGUACAACCUCAACGCGCAGGCCAUGGAUGCCACUGUUGAGCUUAUCAAACGCGUCUUCGCCAUGGGCGUCAACGUCAAGGAGAUCUACAUCGACACCAUCGGCCAGCCCGCCGCCUACCAGAAGAAGCUCGAGCGCAUCUUCCCCACCGUCCACAUCACCGUCGCGAAGAAGGCCGACUCGCUCUACCCCUGCGUCUCGGCCGCCUCUGUCUGCGCCAAGGUCACGCGAGACGCCGCCUUGGACGUCUGCUACGAGACGUAUGCUUCGAGCGCAGACGAGACGCCCGCCUCCGCCGCCGGCUGGGGCUCUGGGUACCCGUCGGACGCGAGGUGCUCGGGAUGGUUGAAGCGCAAUAUGGACCCCGUCUUCGGCUGGGGCGCCGAGUGCCGCUUCAGUUGGGGCACGGCCAAGGACAUGCUGGAGGACAAGAAGAGCAACGGGGUCAAGGUUGACUGGCCGGUCGAGGACGACGACGAAGGCGCCAACAUCUCGUCGUACUUUUCAGGCUUGCAGGGGGACGACCACCAGGGCGGCGACGAGCUGUCCAAUUGGUUCGGCAGGCGUGUUACUGAGGAGGUCUUCUGA